AUGGACGAGGCUCUUGUGGAAGAACGGGCUGCUCGCCGCCAUGCUCUGGCUAAGAUUGAACGUUUGAUCAAGCAAGCCCCAAGUCAACAUAUCGAAGCGGCCGAGCUGAAAGCGGCCGGAAUCCGCCAGUUCCCGCUGUCCCUAGAGGGUACCCAACACCAGCCGUCCUUUUUCGAGCCCUACCGAGGAAAGCUUCCUCUUCCCGAGCGGGAGGAUGAGUUUUUAGAAGUUGAGGCCGACCCGGAUCACAUCAUGGCGAACAACCGUGAUUUGGAGCACUUUCUCAGCGAUCAUUUCAAUGGAUGCUUAUACUAUAUGUGGCGAGAUUCUCCCCAGAUUAUUCCGCCUUCUGGCCAAUACCGACAGAUCGGCGACUACAAGUUCGGUCAGCUUUUGGAGUGUAUCACGUUCUCCUGGGAAGCUGUCUCGGUCACGGAUUGCUCGGGGGGCAACUAUCCGCAUUUCAAGGCCAUGGUGCUAAGUGAUGCAAUGGGCGAUGGUCGACUGCUUCGGGGAGAAAUCAUGACCAUCACCGAUAUCAUGGCUGCGCGUCUGAGGACCAAGUCGCUUCGCCCGCAUAUCAUUGCUCCAAUGCUUGUGUACUCUUUUAUGGGUCUGUGCCACGUUCGCGUCCUGGAGGCUGACUUCGAUGGGGAGCAUCUUAAUAUCCGCGUCUCCAAAUUAUAUGACUUCACCAAGAAGAACACCGAUGCUGUGCAACUGCUCGCGCGUUAUUGGUUUGGAGGAGCACGCGGGCAGACAAAGAUGAAAUUCCCCUGA